CGACUGUUCAUAACAUACUAGAAUUCUUGCAUUCAGAUAUGUCUACGAAGCUCGAGUACCUGACCGAGGAGCAGGUGAACCAGUUCCGAAGCGAUGGAUAUCUGAGGCUUCCAAGCUUCCUGGAGCCAGACGAAGUGGAAGCCCUCCUCACGCGUACCAGACAACUGCUCGACAACUUCAGCCUCGAAGACCACCCUCUGACGAGAUUCACCACCGGAGAUGAUAAUCAUGUUGGGGAUGAUUACUUCUUGACAUCCGGUGACAAGAUUCGCUACUUCCUAGAGGAGGACGCCGUGAGUGACGGCAAACUCAAUAGAGAGAAGCAGAAAGCCGUCAAUAAGAUCGGACAUGGUCUGCACGAGCUCGAUCCUGUGUUCCGGAAGGUGACUCUAGAGAACGAGAAGAUCAGGGCCGUGGUGAGAGACCUCCAGUUCCACCACGACCCAGUAGCACUCCAAUCUAUGGUUAUAUGUAAGCAGCCACAUAUUGGAGGCGAAGUGCCAGAGCACAAUGACUCGACAUUCUUGUACACCAAUCCCCCAUCCGCUCUCGGGUUUUGGAUACCGCUAGAGAAGUGCACUCCCGAAAAUGGAGCACUCUCGUUCCUCCCCGGUUCUCAUCUGACCACCAAGAUUACGAAGCGCUUCGUCCGGCUCCCCGAAGGUGGCACCGGCUUCGAGGAGCUCAUACCUCCCGAACAAGCUCCGCAGCAUCCAGAGGGCAAGUAUGUGCUUGAGGCCUGUACGCCAGGCGAUUUGGUCCUCAUUCACGGAAGCGUGCUGCAUAAGUCGGAGCGCAACACGAGCACGCACACACGCUAUGCAUACACCUUCCACAUGAUCGAGUCGCCUCCAUAUGCUGAAUACGACGCGAAGAACUGGUUGCAACCCACGCCCAAGACCCCCUUCCCCCACAUACUUGAUGCUCCCAACUCGACCGUUGUGCCUGUUGGUGCUUAA